AUGGAAAAAUAUAGAAUUCCAGGUGGAGAGAGUAUGGAUCCACUUGAGGCCCCAGCUAUCUCUACACAAGGUGUAAUAUCCUCAGAGACAAGCAUUUCAUUACCAUUUGCUGGUGGACUUGACUGUGCAUUAGAUUUAGUGUUGGAAUCAGUGAUUGAACUUCCUUUAGAAAAUACAAAUUGUCAAAAGUAUGCUAGCAGAAUGUUAGAUCUUUGGAAAGUGCAUGGGAAUCCAACUUAUGAAAGGAGCUAUUUGAACUCGCUAGAAUCGUGA